UAAAAUUGAGUGUGGGGUAUAUGUAAAAUCAUCAUGGCCUCUGUUGUGUGUUACAUUGUCUUUCUGGUUACACUUAUACUAGGUGAAAUCUCUGCCGUGCGGUUCAGAUACACCGGUUACCGAUAUUCCUACUACAGUACCCGAUAUUACUAUGGUGGCUACAGAUAUUAUUACAGUGGCUACAGAUAUUACUACAGUGGGUCAACAUAUGGAGGAAGAAUUGCGGGAAUUGUCAUCGGUUGUCUGAUCUUCACCGGCAUUAUCAUCGCCGUUAUCGUCACUGCGUGUGUGUUGUGUAGGAGGAGAAGGACAAGAGGCAGACUCAUCACUCCGGCCGUCUUCUCUCCAAAUACUACUUCCGUGACGAUGACAGCCAUUCCACAGGGCAACGCGUCCACAUUAGGGGCAGGACCUCCUCUCACUACCUACACAAAUAAUCUGGCAGACAUAAUUCCAAAUUCACAAGGCACUGUGACCGCCUCAACAGAAAACAGUGGAGAGAAGAGUGGACAGUUACCACCAUCUUACGACACGGUCGUUGGGGCACCCAUUGCUACCAUACCUCCCAAUUCCGGUCCUCCUGGAUACGUCUCCUCCCAAACGGAUGUUGCAAGCGCUGACAGAUUGUAACAGGAUGUAGUCACAGCGAUCACAUUUGUUUCUAUUCUAUUGAAAUUUAUAAGGAUAACUGUAUUUUCACCAUAUUUCCUGAUUUUAGUAUGAUUUUCGCGAAUACCCUUGAAAUACUGUUAUUUAUAACAUUUCAUAUCGUCACUCUAUAAAUUUCCAUCAUACAGUUAUAGACUAACAUAAUAUUUCUUCCGGGUAUAAUCGUUUUAUCAUCACACUUGUAGUAGUAAGGACAAUGACAAAUGGGUUGACUCAGCUUUUAGCUCCUAGUGACGAUUGCUCCGCCAUUUUUCUACAUGGAAAGUUUCACGAGUCGAGAACUUGCAGUCCAGUACUCUCGUCCUCGAAAAUGACCACGACCAAGUUUUUUUGUCUCCAAGGAAGCACCUCAUUCUUCUAUACUAAUACACGUUGAGUAUUAUACGGCUCGGAAUCUAUAAUGGAAGAGGGUAUGACUCUCGAACUGGUAACCUCUCGAUAUUUAACUUCCCGCCAGCUCAUGUAAAUAAAAUUGUUACUAAUCAUGUAACAGUUAUUUCUGUAAAUAA